AAGGUUGUUGCAUAUUAGCCGCGAGCGUAUCGAUCCGCAAUGUGGCAACGAGAAUUAUUGAUUCUCUGCACGUUGUCGUUGCAUUCGUUAAAUUCCAUCGAAGGAGAAAGUAGCGCGGAUACGUUGACAAUUGGGACCAAGGACUUGGCAAAUGACUUAUACGAUUUGGUUGGGAACGAAGCGGAGGCGAAUCAACUUAUCGGUCAGACAACAAGUACUGCGAGUGCUAAUAGUGUCGAGGCGAGGACGAGUACCGUCACGGAGAAAGUGUUGAAGAAAUUGCGUCGUCGAAUCGUAAACGGAACGAAAGCCGUCCUCGGCCAAUUUCCACAGCAAGUGUCGUUGAGGAGAAGAUAUUCACAAUCGCAUUUUUGUGGCGGCAGUAUAUUGACAGCCGAAUGGAUUCUUACGGCUGGUCAUUGCAUGUCAAAUAAUGUGAAGAAAGUACUGGAGCCCUAUACGAUAACAGUAGUCGCUGGAGAAAUUGUGCUGAAAAACACAAAUUACGCUCGACAAUGGAGCUACGUCAGAAAGAUCAUAGUGCACCCGCACUUUAAUGUCGAAACGUUGGAAAAUGACGUGGCCCUGUUGCAGUUGAGCAAGCCAUUAACGUUUGAUAUGUACGUGAGACCUAUCACUGUGGCUUCUACAUCAACGAAACCAAGUACAACGUGUCAAGUAUCUGGAUGGGGAUAUAAAAAAUACGAAGAGAAUGUUGCCAGUAGUUAUUUAAUGUAUAUUGAUAUUCCAAUGAUGCCCGUUCGUCUAUGCCGGAAGCUCCUCGUAAAUUAUACAAAGGUACCCGCGGGUAUGCUGUGCGCUGGAUAUCUUGAAGGCGGUCGAGAUGCUUGCCAGGGCGACUCAGGCGGUGGUCUGCUAUGUCAGGGAUUUCUGACGGGCGUAGUUUCCGGGGGCGAAGGGUGCGCCUGGCCACGGUUACCCGGAUUGUACUCCGACGUGAAGUUCUACGCAUUCUGGAUUAAGCAGCACGUGAAUCUAACGCAAAGUUUCGUUAGUUCGAAUCCCAUCAGCCGAGCCUCCGCUUCCUCGUCGCUCUCGUCACCUCUUUUUGGACUAAUAGCCAUUGUUCUCCGGGCCCUCCACGCCGAGGCCAACUAACUACUCCACCUUCUCUACGA